AUGGAUGAUGGUUACAUUGACCUUCAGUUUAAGAAAAGUCCUCCUAAGAUUCCAUAUAAGGCCAUCGAGCUUGCUACAGUGCUGUUUCUGAUUUGUCACCUAUCUUAUUAUUGUAGACUCCUUCCUGUUGGCAGAUAUAUCAGUAAAGUGGGGGCAGAUCUUGUGGGUCCUUCUCUGAUCAUUGGCAUCCUGGGCUUCCUACCAGGAUUUUACCACCUGUAUGCACAUCGCCUACUACACAUUUUAAGGCCACUGAGGUUACUUCUACGAUGA